AUGGCCUCUGUGCCGACGUCUUUCAACGAGGCUAUACGCAAUUUCGAUCAGCGUCGGCUUAGGCAAACAACAGUUCAAGUCCGAACAUCAGACGGCCGUGCCAAAAUAACAGACAGAUAUGACAACCAGCUUUCCACAAUUUCUGGUCGUCACUUUAACGACGACAUUUCCCGCUAUGGAUUCAUUAGCAACCCAUCCCCUGAUCUGCAGGUUGCUCAGGUUUCUACGGACGACUUGACCUUGUGCUUCGGUUCUCAGGAUGUAGCGGGAGACCUCAAUACACUACAACAGCAUGGCAUAACACACAUCAUUAACUUGGUUUCCAGCUAUGUGCCAAACUACUUUCCUAAUUGUUUUGAAUACCUCUCUUUGAAUGUGCGCGACGAUCUGAAUUACAAUCUCCACAGUGCAAUUAAUGCGUGUUUUGACUUUAUCAACAGAAGGGUACUCCCACAGGGCGGAAAAACCUUUAUCCAUUGCAAUGCCGGAGUUUCCCGUGCCCCAUGUAUCGUUAUCGCCUCCCUGAUUCGUAAAUGUGGUCUGUCCUACGAUGACGCUUAUAACCUCGUUGCUAAUGCUCGAAAUAUAUCGCCAAACCUUAAUUUUAAAAUGCAGUUACGCGCCCUCGCAGCAGAGAACCCAUAA